ACCUGGGAAACAAAGGCUAAAAGUCUUAUCAAGUAUAAAAAAGAGAGAAACCUGUCCAUUUCCCUUAGUCAUAGGAGAAGGCAAGGAUGGAAGCACCGACCAUAGAUUUAGAAGACUUUGAAAACUUCGAAACAGCCUCCAUUCAGGGGAUUUAUUUGAUCCCUAUUCACUAUUGAUACACUCACAUCAGUUUUUUCUUUUUCUUCUUCUCUUUUUUCUUCAUGUUUGGAUUUUCUUUAGCUAAAAAGAGAUUGGCCCAGAUCAGUUUUAGAGAAAAGUAAGCCAACCCAUCAAGGAUUUUCCCUUUUGUUGAAUGUUUGUUUUGCUUUUUUGAUGACCCAGUUGAGGAUUUGGGUUGACUUUAGUGUUUAUGGGAGCGUCCUCUUGAGUAUCCAAUUCAGGAUCUUGGUGAAAUAUUUGUCUCUGUGAGGAUCCAAAUCAAGAAAUUUAGUGGGCUUGAUUUGAAAUAGAAAUCAAUCGAGAUAAAAGGUUCAAGUAGAGGAGGGUGACUUGAUUUUGAAAGACUGAAUCUUUGAAGAUGGCUGGGGUGCAAGAUCAGUUAGAGAUCAAGUUUCGAUUGGCGGAUGGAUCGGAUAUUGGUCCCAAAACCUUUCCUGCUGCUACAAGUGUUGCCACCUUGAAGGAAAAUAUUCUUGCCCACUGGCCUAAAGAAAAGGAGAAUGGACCAAGGACAUUGAAGGAUGUCAAGUUAAUAAGUGCAGGAAAAAUACUGGAAAACAACAGAACUGUAGGGGAAUGCCAAAGCCCACUGUGUGACAUCCCUGGUGGGGUUACAACCAUGCAUGUUGUUGUUCAUCCAUCUUCUGUAGAGAAAGAGAAGAAAGCGGCAAACCAACCAAGGCAAAGCAAAUGCGUUUGUGUUAUAUUAUAAUUUUCACCUCCAAGAGCAGGAAUUACAUCAAGGUAUAGAGUUUGGUGCUGGUAAAGAUAAGGAAAUUGGCAACUUGUGGAUUUGAUGAGAGGCAAUGACAUUAUGAACUUUUAUUAUAUAUCCAUAUAUAGGUGCAGGUCAUAGCCUCCCCAUACAGUUUGCAGAUCCAACCCAUUUGGUAUACCACGAUUGUAUUUAAGUUGAUUUAACUUUGCUUUCAUGCAACUAAAUCUCAAAUUUAGUUGAAAAUUUCUCACUGGCACCUAUCCCAGAUUUUGCAUAUUAAAUUUGUGUCACCUCGUCUUGUAUCAUUCAUAGCUGGACAAUUUGAGUGAGUAUACCAAUUCAUGUUGGAGGUCAUUAUUUACCUAGCUGAAUGCUGAAGAGCUCGACUGU